GCGAGCGGGCAGCGCCGCCGCAGCUGCCUCCGCGCGGUGCCCCGCGUCGUGUCCGCGGGGCACCGCCGCGGCGGGGCCCUCUCCGCAGGAGGGCAGUGCAGGAGGCCGCCCGCCCCGGCCCCUGGCGCGCGCGCGGAGGGCCCGCGGCCGCCUCCUCGGCCACGCGGCGGGGGCCCAUGCCGGAGGCGCCCGCGCUGGUCGCCGCGGGCAGCACGUCGUUGCUGCUGAGCUGGGCGGCUCCCGAGGCGUUCGAGGCCCUUGAGGUGGAGCUGCGGCGGUCUGCCUGGGCGUGGCCCCUUUCGGCCCCCUGGGUCAGGCAGGCCACCGCGCCAGAGGACGUCCGCAUUACGGACCGCUUCGUGGAGGUCACCCUGCGCGGCCUCGAGCCCAGCACCGCCUACGAGGUGAGGAUCGCGGCCGCCUGCGAGGAGGGCCCGCGCCAGGUCGGCCCCGCGGCCGCCUUCCGCACGCUUGCGGUGGCGCCUCCGCUGCUGGGCCCGCCGAGCGCCAGCUGCUGCCGCCACGACAGGCUGCUGCUGCAGUGGGUUGAGCCGGCCGUCCAGGCCGACGAGGUCAUAGCCUACCGCGUCCGGUACUGGGACUGCGAGCAGAGGUGGCCGACCAAGGUCGAGGUGGAGGCCAAGCUGACGUCGCGGCUGCUCCCCCCGAGCCAGCAGACGGCGCAGUUCCUCGGCGGCCAGGCCGCCAUGCGCAUACCGCGGCCGCCGCGCGGCGGCGUGGCCGCGCGGCCGGAAGACGCGGCCGCCGUGGAGGAGGACGCCGGCUCCGAGGUGCACCUCUGGCUGAUGAGCCUGGCCCCCCUGCGCAUGUACAUCGUGCAGGUCGCGGCCGUCACCGCUGCCGGCACGGGCGAGUGGUCCCCGAAGAGCACCGAGCUCUUCACGUGGCGCUCCGCCCCUGACCUGCUGCCUGCGAGCCGGGUCUGCCGCACGCACUCGGCGCUGGCGCUCGGCCUCGCGGUCGAGCCGGUGCCGGACGGCACGGAGGGCCAGGACGAGGAGGUUGAGCGCUUCGAGGUCGUCGUGCGCCCCGUCCAGAGCGGCAGGGGCCCCGCGCCCGACGCCGCCGAGGUCGUCGUCACCGCCGCGGAGGCCGCCGAGCUCGCGCUGCGGCUCGCGGGCGGGGCGCCCAGCCCCGGGGCGAGGCCCCACGCGGUGGCCGUGCGCGGGCUGCAGCCCAGGAGCAUCUACAGGUGCACCGCCAGAGCCAUCACCCACGCCGGCGUGGGCAGCUGGUCCCCGGCGGUGGAGCUGGAGACGCUGGCGGUGCCCCCCGACGUGGACGACCUGCGCGUGGACGAGGCGGACCACUGCUCCGCGGUCCUCUCCUGGCGCGUGCUCGACGAGUGCCCGCAGGCUGGGCUCCUGCGCGCGCUCCUCGGCGAGGAGGAGGCAGAGCGCGAGCUUUGGGCGCGCCGGCUCGUCGGUUUCCGCGUGCGGUCGGGCGGCCCAGCCGCCGGGGCGCUGAAGGAAAUCCUCGGCGCGCGUUCGCGGCCCGCGCCCGACGGCCGCCACCGCCUGGCUCUGAGGGACCUGGCGCCCAACAGCGCGUACCAGGUGGAGGUGGCCGCAGCUGCCCGGGGCUCCGAGGACGGCACCUGGUCCGGCCCGGUCCAGGUCCUCACCGAGGGCCUGGCGCCAGGCGUGCCGGCGCCGGCGUUGCUGUGCGCGUCGCGUCGCGGGGCGGCGGUGCAUUGGGCCGCCCCGGAUGCGGCUGCGGCCGCGGUAUUGGGCUACGUGGUACAACUGCGGCGGAGGCCCGAGCAUCGCGGGCGGCCUCCCGACCCCGAGGAGCGCGCGUUCCCGCUCGCCGGCGCGGGCGAGGGCGGGGAGGCCGCGUCCCGGGACGUCGCGAUCUGCGACGGCAGCUCGACCCGGGUGGAGCUGAGGGAUCUGGAGCCCGGCGCCACCUACCUCGUCCAGGUCGCCGCGAGGACCGCCAGGGGCGUCGGCUCCUGGAGCGAGGAGUGCCUGGUGUCGACCCGCUCUCGCGCCCCUGCCAUGUCGCAGGAGGCCGAACCGCGGCUGCUGCACGCCUACUACGACAAGCUCGUGCUGCUCUGCGGCGGGCCAGUGCCGGACUGGCCCCCCGAGGAGGCCAGCGACGUGACCGGCUACCGGGUCCGGUAUUUCGAGUGCUCGAGGUCCGGGUGGCACGGCGCCUGGGUGGAGCCCGCGCCCCACCACCUGGAGGUCACAGAGACCGAGGACCAGGCGGGCUGCCCCGCGGUGCAGGUCUGUCUGCGCGGCCUGGCACCAGAGCGCCAGCACGUGGUGCAGGUGGCCGCGGUGACGGCCGCCGGCCAGGGGCCCUGGUCUCCGCAGAGCGGGCGGCUCAGCACGUGGCGCGUGGCGCCGCGCAUGGCCCUGCCGCGGGUGCUGUUCCGGACCCAUGAGGCCCUGGUGCUGGGGUGGACCCAGGACUUCCAGGAGCUCGAGGCCGGCAGCGCUGACGGCACGGCGCACGACGAGGACAUCGCCGAGUUUCUGGUUCGCGCGGCGCCGUCGUCGGCCGGGCGGGCGGAGGCGAAGACCGUCCGGGCGUCCUGCGCGCAGGCGCAGGCCCUGGCCGCGGCCUGGAGGGACCGUCUGGCGAGCGAGCCGGAGCAGGUGGAGCGGCAGGGCCUCUGGCGCCAGCGGAGCCGCAGCGGCAGCGCCGACGCCGUCCGGUGCGGCCCGCGGUGGCCCGACACCAUGCUCUGCGAGGCGGAGAACGACCAGUGGUCCCCCGCCUUCGUGGCGGUGGUGCGCGGCCUGGCGCACGGCAGCGGCUACUCCUGCACCGUGAGCGCGGCGUCGAGGGCGGGCGAGGGCCAGUGCUCCGCCGCGUCGGGCGAGGUAAGCACGCUGGCCCUGGCGCCGGUGGUCGAGGACGCGCGCGUGGACGAGGUGCAGCACGACCAGAUCCUGAUCUCUUGGGAGCUGCCGCAGAGGGAGCCCCCGCUGCCGCCAGCCGCCGCGGAGCAGCUUGGCCUUGUCGGCUCUCUCGAGGAGCUGUCGCUGCAGGGCUUCUCCGUGCGCUGCGCCGCGUGGGCCUCGUGGACGCGGCUCAGCUGGCGCGAGCCCUGCUACACGGAGGUGGACGCCCUGCAGUCCGCCGGGGAUGCCGGCCGCGUCCAUUUCGCGCUGCUCGACCUGGAGGCGGCAAGCCAGUACGUGGCCGAGGUGCGUGCCCACAGCGCGUGCGGCGCAGGCGAGUGGCUCCGGGUGGGCGACCAGCCCAUUUGCACCGCGAUCGUGGCCGAGCCCCCGGAGAAGCCGGAGCUGGUGUACGCGACUUCGCACGCGCUGACCUUCUCGUUCGACGGCGUCGAGGACAGGCGCGUCACCGCCUACGAGGCGCGACGCCACGAACGAAUUGCAGGGACGUGGACUCGCGCCUCGAAGCCUCUGAAGUUCGACAGGAACACGAUUGCCGUCAGGGUCACCCCAGAGAACCGGUGGGUGGUCAAGCUGGACCAGCUGCGCAGCGCCUCGGACUACGCCAUCCAGCUCCGAGGCAUCACGAGCACCGGUGGCAUCACGAAGUGGUCGGCCCUCUCGGAGUUCAUGCGCACCCGGGAUGACGACGGCGAGGCGGACGUCGACGAGGGCGUCGGUGUGCACGACGCCUCUCCGGCCAGCACGGCGUCGAAGCAGGAGAGGGCGGCCGCCGAGCAGGAGAAGGCGAGACAGGAAGCGGGCAUCGAGAGCGUCGACGACCUUGCCAGGAAGCUCGAGGCCGUGCUGUCCGUCACGAUGGACUACGCGACCAGGGGCGUCUCGCUGCCCGGCACGAAAGGGACGACUCUGCGGUAUUUGUACCCGUACGGUACCGGGAUUGCGCGGUGCCAGCACACUUCUGGGACCAUGGCCAAUACCAGCAAGGAAGGACAGAAGACGACGUAG